AUGGCAGAAUCAGACGACCAAAAGCAACAGUCCGCUGCCACCCUCAGGAAUAGGCGCACAACCGUCGAGGACGCAGAAAGCGACUCGGACAUUGCAACAACAACCGCCACCUCUGUAUCUUCAACCGCCAAGCCAUCAUCAUCAGCAGCAGCAUCCAAGAGGGAUACUGAAGAGGAGGACAAGAAGAAACUCACUGCCGCACAAGUCCACAAGAGGGUUGCCCAGCAACAGGGCACGAAGAAGAACAGUCAGCUCAGAAACCUGGUGAUCUCCCUCAUCGUCGCUUUUAUUGGUGUCCUCCUGAAGUCUGCCUUUGAGAAGUUCGUCUUUACUGGUCGUGAGAUCGCCAUCGAGCAGACCGUUGGACUCCAGGGCAACUGUUUCAAGACCGCCUAUAUCCCUGGACCGGCCGACAUUGAGAUUAGCGACCAUGAUCAAUUGGCAUUCGUCUCCUCGGAUGACUAUUCCUGGAAGAAAGAGAGCCGAUUUUUCCACCGCCCCAGCUCCAAAACUGCCAAGAAUGGAGGCAUCUAUACCCUCGCCUUGAACCACAAGAACGGAUCCCCCAAGGAGCUGGAGCUCAAGUCGUUUACUUCAGACGAUUUCCACCCAGCAGGAAUGUCACUCUACCACUUUCAGGACGAGAAGACCCACGAGAGGACGACUCGUCUCUUUGUCAUCAACCAUUCUCACAAGGGGGAUGUCGUCGAGAUCUUUGACUAUUCUUCGGAGGCCAACACGUUGACGCUUGUCAAGACCGUCAGCAGUGAUCUGUUUGUUACUCCCCGAGACAUUGUUGCUGUUGACCAGGAUCGCUUCUACUUGACCAAUCACCAUGCCAUGGGUAACAAGUACGGACGAGUUGCCGAGGACGUUACUGGCACAGCUAUGGGCUCUGUCAUCUACUACAACGGUGAAAAGUCUCUCAAGGUUCUUCAGAGUCUCAACAACCCCUAUGGUAUUGCUGGAUCUCCGGAUGGCAAGCAGAUCUAUGUUUCAUCGUUCAUGGAUAGGUUGGUCCACGUAUACAACACGACCGAGGAUAUUGCGCAAGGACAAUUGGAGCACGAUGUUGAUAUCUGGGUCGGCAAUCAUGUCGACCACCUGUCGGUCGACAAGCAUACCGGAGACAUCUAUGUCGCUAGCCACCCUUCGUACUCGACUUACCUCCGCCACAAGCUUGGCUACGAGCCCCAGUCACCCUCGCAUGUCGUCAAGAUUGAAAAGCUGGCGCCUGAGAACUUCAUUCCCCAGGAGAGCAGUAUGGGCAACUAUUACUUCUUCCCCAAGCCCGAAUUGCCCUCUUUGAAAUGGGAAGUUAAGGAUUUGUUUUACAGUAACGGCGAGGACAUCUCUGGUAAGUUUUCUCUUGGUAUGUUAUUUUUGGAUGGAUUGUUUUGGUUUUUUUAUUACUAG